AACUGUCAGAGCAAAUAUUCAGGUCUAGAAUCUCAGCAAGAGUGUAACUCAAAUUUUCAGUGAUUGGUUGAACACAUCCGAGCGUGGCUAAUUUGUAAAUUUUCGGUAAAAUGGAUUUGGAACGUGAGUUGCCCACCGAUGACGCCUCAAUGGAGUUGGAGGGACAGUCCAGUUCGUCAGACAGUCUGCUCACCCUGAAGCGAAGUUGGAGCCAGGAGACCAUGCGACCAUCCUCGGAAGAAGAGGCUGUUCCCUUCGAACUCAGCUCGGACGACAUCCACCUAGGUCUGCUGGUAGAGAGGGGAUUGAUCGAGUACGACUCCCUGAACCAGCCCUCUGACGAGGACGAGGCGGGGGACUAUCCCAAGCUCUUGUCCCGGACGGCGGAUCGCGGCGAAAUCGCUGAAAUAGUCAAGGAAAUGCGAAACGAAUUCAUGGUCAAGGUGAGCUCCAAGGCCAAGAGCUUCAAGGAAAUUCUGAUUAAGAAAGGAAUGAUGGAGUCGAUGGAAGACAGCAACGUUCAUCAUGCUCAUAGAUCCGACGUUAGGGAUACGGCUGAGACGGACAAUGCUUCUAAGGUUCUUGAACAGGACAACGCUGUUAGGACGACCCGGAGUCAAGAGGUCAACCGGAAUAAUGAGAUCACCCAGCUCAUCAGCGAAAUCAAUCAGUUCACGUCCGGAAUGGAGAGAGAUCCUGACAACGCGGACUGGCCCCACUUCCGGGCCAACCUGCUGGAAAUAUACAAGCACUAUGUCAGCGUUGGUGGGCAGGAGGAAAAGGAACAGCCGUGCACAGUCCACUCCCGAUGUCCAGCCCAAGCAGCCGCUGUCAGCGAGCCCCUGCAAGACCUUCGCCAUCGGGCCAAGGCCCUCGGAAGAAACAUCCGGGGCCUCGAGUGCAAGAUGCUCACCCUGGACCAGUCCUUUGAUGGCUUCUGCGACAAGUUCAACCGCAGCGUGAUCACCAAGGAGCGAGUGGAGCGGGACAUGGUGGGGCUUGCCAUGAUGCGCGACGGGAUUGGUCGCCGCCUUAGUCAAAUGGAAGAGGAGUUCCGCAGGGCCAAGGAGCUCUUGUUCAAGCGAGGCAGAAGUCCAGAUGGCAGAGCCAACGCGAUGCUUCCUCCCACAGAUACCCAGUUGGUCGAGCAUGGGUGUGACUAGAGCGAAUCGCAGUGAUUACUCAGGCCCACCGGAUCGGGUUAAAAACCUUCGAGAACGUGGCGUGCGCAUGUUUCAGAACACAUCUUCCAAUCAAGAGUAGAAACCCCAGUAUUUAGGUGUGUAAGGUAUCUAAAAUUUGUUUGCUUAAGCCUGGUCUUAACAUUUUUUAUCAGAGUUUUGAAAGUAAAAUGUGCGUAAAAGCUUAAA